UACAAUUCUCUGGCCUCUUUUGGCAAUAGUGGGCUGUUUGGGCCUAUUGUGCUUAGUCAUUCACUUGGGAUACAUACUAAUUAAGCCCCUUUCCAGGUAUAGGUUUUAUACAUACAUUUAUACACACUUAAAUACAUACACUGUAGAUACCUAGAUUAAUACCCAUGCCUCGGAGUAGACUUCGUAUGAUUUCUGCUUUAGGGGGCGCAAUACGUGCCAUGUGUCACGUCCUCAUUGGUACACGAAGGCACGGUAAUUUUGCCCACAACAUUUGCCCCUCAAGAAGGGCAUUUCUGGAAACACAUUCCGGAGCUUUCAUAGGCGAUUUCCGGCGUGUUCCUACCACCAUCAGGCGAUUUCCGGCCACCAGGAGACUCAUCCUUUUCCUCGUCACACUCAUCCCGUUCUUCGCGAAACUCAUCUCGUUCUUCGCGAAACUCAUCCUGUUCUUCACCAAGUACUUCGCAGAUCUUUCAAGAGGAAGGAAUGAGCAAGCUAUCGGCGGCGGAUAUUGGGAAGGGCGAUAUGACCGAUUGGAUGGCGGACAUCUAUGAGGCCAAGAUGCAGAAAGCCAAGGCCGAGUUGGAGGAGAAGGUGAGUAUUCUCUUAGGUUGUCGUUUUUUUUUUUUCUUUUUUGCAAGUUAAACUUCUCCCGUCCAGCGUCUAUAGUGGACGUCUUUUUAGUGACGAGCCGAUAUCCUGAUAUCUGACCCGUGUUUGCUAAGGUAGGCCUCGUCACUUUUUAUUGACGGGCCCCUUAGUUAGCGUUUUUUCAAGUGACUCGUGAUUGAUAGGGUACGCCUCGUCAUUUUUGGGACGGGCGUCCUUUUUAAUGACGAGCC